AUGAGAAUUGCAAAUGUGCAAAGAUGUGGAAGGACCUACGUAGAAUUAGUAAUAGCCCGUCUAUGUAGAGGCAAAGGAGCCACAGAGGAAUACAACCUUAGCACUUCGCUUCGUAAAAAUGGGAAGAGAAACUACUGUAUUGCGCGUCACCAACAAAGCGCAUCGAGAGGAAAGGAAAAAGAAGAAGGAACGUCAUGUGCAGAGCACGAAAGAGAUAUAAAGGACACCGCGUUACAAAGUGUAAAUAUAAGCUUAUCUGAAAAGACAAAACAACAAACAAAACUCUAUAGCCGCAAUGAUGUGUGCGAACAAGUGACUGAAAAACGAAUCAGGGAAAGCUUAAAAAAAUACAACUUAUUUAAUGUUUACCUUGAGAAAAUAAAAAAAGCAUCCCUAGAAAAUAGAAAAAAAAAACAAAAAAUCACCAACAUAAAUAGCGUGAAACAUUACGAUCAAUAUGUUCACAUGUUUGAUAUAGAUUCGUUGCUAAUUUAUGCGAACAACAAAUUCAAGAUAUAUAAAAAGAAAAGAGAAUUUUCUGGAAAGAAGGAUUUUUUUGCACACUUUGUAAAAAUAUUUAUACAGCUGAACGUUAUUUUAAAUAAUUUUUUUUCACAUCAUGGUGAAAUAAACUGUGGCGAAUAUUUUAAAAAGGCAUUUAAGACAUACUUGCAAAAUAUUCCAUCUGCCAAAUGUUUAACAAUAAAUAAAAAUAAGUAUGAUCAAACUUUUCUUUUUAAAAUUUUGCAAUUAGUUAAGAUUUUUAAUCAAAUUAAAUUUUUUAAGACAUUAAAAGGGGAAGGUAUUUUACAUUUGGAACACAUUUUCCCCUUCACCCCUGAGAAGGGAAAAGGGAGCAUUCGCAAAGAGGAGUCGAAUUAUUUUCCAAAUGUAGACCAUCAUAAAUUGUUCUACGAAUAUAUGACCAGCAAUUACUAUGAAGAUAAUAAUGAUAAAGAAAAAUUCGAUUCCCCAAAUGAUAACAACUUUGUGAAAAACUUAAACUUAUUUGGCGACAAAUUAGAGGAAAUAACGGAUGUAGACGAUGCAGAGAGUUUUUUUUUUCAUAAGAAGAGGCACAUCAGAAAAGUAUCAGAACAUUCAGAGGGGGACGAAAAUAUGAACUCUCCCACACACUGCAUAAAUGAAGACUUGCGUAAUUUCCCUACAUCAAAUAUUAGUUCCUUCAAUUAUCCCCAUGUGUGUGUAAAUGCGCCGCAUAAUGAGAUAAUAGGGACAAACAAAUUAACCUUACCCAGUGAUGAAGAAGUGCAUGAUGAACUGAAGAACUAUAAGAAUUUCGAUUACGCGAUCUUUUCUAAGGCAUUUAUCCAUUUAUUAAAAAUUUUAAUAAAACACCUACACGACGAUGGGGUGGUCAGAUUAUUUAUUCUCUGCUCCAACAUGUUCGAUACCGAAUGGGAUGAUAAGGAAGUGUUAUCAUUCUACACAGAAAUGUACAAACGGAUUUAUAUGAUGAAAAAUAUUUCAAACAAAAACAUAGCGUACAUUUUAAGCGCAUGCAAUAACUAUUCCUUAAAAAAGGAAAAUACGCUUCUCUUAAAAAAGCUAAACAGAGAAAUUCUCUCGAAUAGCAAAUGUGGAAACGCUGGCACAAAAAGUUACUUAAAUAUAUAUAACGUCACACCCUCCCAUUUGGAGAAUAUUAUUUAUACAUUUGCAAAGCAUAGGAUUAGAGAAAAAAAUAUGUUCACACUAUUGAGCGAAAUUGUAAAGGAAAAGUUCCAUGGGUUCUCUUGUAUAACUACAAUAAAUAUUUUAAACAGUUACGCCAUCCUCAAUUACGAAUCAUUAGUUUUUGAUUUUCUCUAUGCAAAAAUAAGGAGCUUUGAUUUUUUAACCUUCAUGAUGUGUAAGGCCAAAAAUGUGAUAAAGUUGAUGAAUACAUUACUGCUUAUUGAGAGUCGUAACUAUCGUUCCCUUGAUGGGGCCGAGAAAGUGGCCUCCGCCAUAGGGAAGGACGACAAUACCAAGCGCACUGCUUCAUUAACCGAUGAGGGAGUUUACAUAGCGCUCAUGUCCGCUAUGCUGUACGAACUGAAAACGUUUAAAGGGCGAGGCACACACAGUAACAACAUAAAUGAGGGAAGGGGCGGAGGUGAUCGGGAUAAUCAAAGAGACCGAAGCAGUAAUGGUGGCCAGCGUACGUGCGCCCGAGCAGGAGAGGAAGCCAUUGUCAACAUUUACAAAAAAUUGCUGAGGCUGAAAAUAAUUGGUGUGCAAAAAAAAUCCGACAUGGCAUUUCUCAAAAGUAUACUCAAGAAGACAUACGGCAAUCUUGACGUGGAUCUAUUGGACGAUUUUUUUGUCUUUUCAUUCAUUAACUUGAAUUUGAGAAAAAUUAAUUUUCAUAAGUUAGUUUUUACAUUACUUACGUAUAAUAAUUUAAUUGAGGGGGAGAAACUCUUAAACAAUUAUACAUAUACAAAAACAAAGUUUAUCUAA